CCCACAUCUCUCCCCCACCUUCUAUCUCCCUAGACUUUGAUAUUAUUCCUCCAAAUUAAAUGCUUGAUCCUUCAGCUACUGCUCUCGCAAUCGUUUCCGAUUCGGCACACAUAUGAAGGCAUGCACAGCGGCUGCGUAGACCACAAAUUGGGGAGGAUCCGCGGCCGAAUUCGAUUGGGAUAAAUGGAGGCCUAUCCGGCCAAGUUCCUAUCCGGAUUCCUCGUCGUCUCCGUCCUACUAUGGAUUGUAUUCAUGUUUGCUUCCAGGUUGCUGGCAUGGAUAUUAAGUCGAGUUAUGGGAGCUUCAAUUGGAUUUCGGAUCGGUGGAUGGAAAUGUUUGAGAGACGUUGUCCUGAAAUUCAAUAAGGGUGCUGUUGAAUCUAUCUCUGUUGGUGAGAUCAGACUCAGCUUACGGCAAUCCUUGGUUAAACUUGGGGUAGGCUUCAUAGCAAGAGAUCCAAAACUGCAGGUGUUAAUAUGUGAUUUAGAAAUUGUCUUCAGAUCUUCAAAGAAAAGUCCUCAGAAAGCCAGAUCAAGGAAAUCUCGCAGCUCAGGUCGUGGGAAGUGGAUGGUUUUUGUUAACAUGGCAAGGUUUUUGUCGGUUUAUAUUUCCGAUUUGGUAUUGAAGACACCAAAAGCUACUUUGGAUAUUAAAGAACUGCGAGUAGACAUAUCUAAAGAUGGUGGAUCUGAGGCAGGGUUGUUUGUAAAGCUACUGCUUUUUCCCAUUACUGUUCACCUUGGUGAAUCACGUGUGGCAUCUGACCAGACAGUGGUCUCUGGUGAAUCUUCCUCUGCUAACCAGUUGACGGAUGGGGUUUGUGCUCCUUUCAGCUGUGAAGAAUUCUCUCUCCUGUGUGAGUUGGGCCAUAACAGGGAAGCAGGGGUACUUAUUAAGAAUUUGGAUAUUACUAGUGGGGAAGUCCGAGUAAAUUUAAAUGAGGAUUUGCUGCCCAAGGAAAAGAAUGUGGCUGACACAGUGCCUGACCUGCCCCAAGAAGUUGCACAAGUGAACAACGAAUCUGGAUCUGAUGAAACACAACCGGGCGAAAAAGUUCCUGCUGUAUGCAAGUACAGCUCCACAAUACCUGAAAAGGCCACCUUCACUCUGCCUAAACUUGAUGUAAAGAUUGGACAUCGAUGUUACGGGCUUUUGGUUGAGAAUAGCAUUAGGGGAAUCCAUUUGAAGUGCAUGAAAUCUCAAUCUGUGGAAGAUCUGGGGGAAAGUGUGAGACUUGAUGUUCAGAUGGAAUUCAGUGAGAUAUAUCUGCUUAGAGAAACUGGCAUCUCUAUUGUGGAAAUACUGAAACUUGAUGUUGUUUCCUCUGCCUACAUACCACUACUGCCUAACGGCCUUAUCAGAUCUGAAAUUGAUGUUAAGCUUGGAGGCACACAGUGCAACUUACUUUUGAACAGGUUAGAGCCAUGGAUGUCCAUCAGUCUUCCGAAGAAGCAAAAAAAGGAAGUACUAGAAAAAAGCCCCGCCAGAGAGAAAUCACAUUCAUCUGGACAGAGAACAAUUAUGUGGACAUGCACUCUGUCAGCUCCGGAGAUGACUGUUGUGCUUUAUAACUUGAGCGGGUGUCCACUGUACCAUGGCUGCUCACAAUCUUCACACAUAUUUGCUAAUAACAUAUCUAGCACCGGUGCAACAUUGCAUAUGGAACUAGGGGAACUAAACUUACACAUGUCUGAUGAGUAUCAAGAAUGCUUGAAAGAAACCUUGUUCGGCGUGGAAACAAAUACAGGGUCACUGAUGCACAUUGCUAAGAUCAGCUUGGACUUGGGCAAGAAAGAUAUGGAUUCAUCAGAUGGUUUGAAUAGUAAGAUGGUUCUUGGUGCUGAUGUUAGUGGCAUGGGUGUUUACUUGGCCUUCAGGCGUCUUGAGUCACUGAUAUCUACUGCUCUUUCGUUCAAGGACUUGGCAAAAAGAUUAUCUAAAUCCAGUAAGAAACCAACACAAAGCAAAGAAGUGAGAUCAUCCAAGCCAUCUGGAAAAGGGAUUCAACUCUUGAGACUAAGUCUUGAAAGGUGCUCUCUGAAUAUCAGUGCAGAUGCAAGCUUGGAGGACAUGGUCACUCCUGAUCCUAAGCGUGUAAAUUAUGGAUCCCAGGGUGGUAGAGUAUUAAUCAGUACCUCAGCAGAUGGGAGCCCACGGACUGCACAUAUAAUGUCUACAAUUUCAAAAGAAUAUAAAAAGUUGAAAUAUUCUGUAUCACUUGAUAUUUAUCACUUCAAUGUUUCCAUGAACAAAGAGAAAAAAUCUAUACAACUGGAGCUUGAAAGAGCUAAAUCUAUCUAUCAGGAAUAUCCUGAAGUUAAUGAUCCUGGAUCAAAAGUUAUCUUGCUUGACAUGCAAAAUGCAAAGCUUGUCCGGCGGACUGGUGGACUUAAAGAAAUUCAAGUCUGCUCUCUCUUCAGUGCCACAGAUAUCUCUUUAAGGUGGGAACCGGAUGUGCAUAUUGCACUGGUUGAACUGGGGUUACACUUGAAGUCUCUGGCACAAAAUCACAACUCACAAAGACAUGAUGACGCAGAGAGUAUUUACAUGAGAAAAGAUAAGGUGCCGAACAUGUCAUCGGGAUCCUUAAAGUUAGAAAAGCCAGUGAAGAAAAGUGAAUCUAUUUUCGCUAUUGAUGUGGAAAUGCUUAGUAUGUCUGCUGAGGUUGGAGAUGGCGUUGAAGCCUUUGUCCAAGUUCAAUCCAUCUUUUCUGAGAAUGCUAGAAUCGGAGUGCUUCUUGAGGGACUUAUGCUUGAGCUAAAUGAAGCUAGGGUCUUUAGAAGCAGUAGGAUGCAGAUAUCAAGAAUCCCCAAUGCCUCGGGAAGUUUAUCAGAUGCAAAAUUUGAGACUGUAACUACCUGGGAUUGGGUAAUUCAAGCCCUUGAUGUGCAUAUAUGCAUGCCAUUUAGAUUGGAGUUGCGUGCAAUUGAUGACUCUCUGGAAGAAAUGCUUCGAGUUUUGAAACUUGUGACUUCUGCUAAAGCUAAAUGUAUACUUGCUCAGAAGAAAGAGCCGCCAAAACCCAAAAAGCCCAGUUCAACAAGAACUGGAUCCAUAAAGUUUGCCAUUCGUAAACUAACUGCUGAUAUUGAGGAAGAACCACUACAGGGUUGGCUUGAUGAGCAUUACCAGCUUUUGAAGAAUGAAGCUCGUGAAUUAGCUGUUAGGUCAGAUUUUCUUGAUGAACUUAUAUCUAGGGGCCAAGGUCAUGUUACUGAUGAACCAUCUGAUUCUCUUGAAAGAAAGAUUCACUUUAAUGAAGAGGAGAUUGAUCUUCGUGAUGCUUCAGCUAUUCAGAAAUUGCGUGAGGAAACAUAUAAACAGUCAUUCCGGUCAUAUUAUCGGGCCUGUCAGGGCCUAGUUCCGUCACAAGGAUCUGGGGCAUGUAAAACUGGAUUCCAAGCUGGUUUUAGGCCUAGCACAGCCCGAGCUUCUCUUUUCUCCAUUUCUGCUACUGACUUAGAUUUGAGUCUGUCAAAAAUUGAAGGUGGGGAUGCCGGAAUGAUUGAAGUUCUACAGAAGCUUGAUCCAGUAUGUCGUGCCCACAACAUUCCAUUUUCAAGGCUGUAUGGAGCCAGCAUCAAUUUGCUUACAGGUUCUCUCGUUGCUCAGAUAAGAAACUACACAUAUCCACUGCUUGCUGCUGCUGGUGGUCGAUGCGAAGGACGACUUAUUCUAGCUCAACAGGCAACUUGUUUUCAGCCACAAAUUCACCAUGAAGUCUACAUUGGAAGAUGGAGGAAGGUGGACAUCCUUCGUUCAGCCACUGGCACAACUCCACCAAUGAAAACCUUUUGUGAUCUGCCAAUACACUUCCAAAAGGGAGAAAUUUCUUUUGGUAUUGGAUAUGAACCAUCUUUUACUGACAUCAGCUAUGCUUUUACUGUGGCUCUUCGUAGAGCCAAUUUAAGCAUUAGGAAUCCAAAUCCUGUGAUCCAGCCCCCUAAAAAGGAAAAAAGCUUGCCUUGGUGGGAUGAAAUGAGGAAUUAUAUCCAUGGGAAGACCACUUUAUACUUUUCUGAGACAAUUUGGAAUGUUCUUGCAACCACUGAUCCCUAUGAAAACUUGGAUAAACUUCAUAUCGUGUCAGGCUAUCUUGAAAUUCAGCAAUCAGAUGGUUGUAUUUAUGCUUCCAUUAAGGAUUUCAAGGUUUUCCUUAGCAGUUUAGAAAGCUUGCAGAAAAAUUGCACCUGGAAACAUUCGUCUGGAUUGUCUGCACCUUUCCUUGAAGCCCCAGUGUUAACCGUUGAAGUGACAAUGGAAUGGGAUUGUGAAUCUGGAAGUCCGCUAAAUCAUUAUCUAUUUGCUCUUCCCAUUGAAGGCACUCUUCGUGAAAAGGUUUUUGAUCCGUUUAGAUCCAUUGUUCUUUCCAUGAGAUGGAAUAUCUCCCUCAGGCCUUCCCUUCCAUCAGAUCAGUUACAGCCCUCUUCAACCAGUGAUGAGGUUGGUGGUGAUGGAGCUUCUUGUAAUCCAUCGAUAUCAGAGAAUGCAUUGUAUGAUUCACCUACAGUUAAUCUUGGUCAUCAUGAUCUAGCAUGGCUUAUCAAAUUCUGGAACUUAAAUUAUCUGCCUCCUCAUAAACUACGGACCUUUUCCAGAUGGCCUCGCUUUGGGGUCCCCAGGAUUCCCAGAUCAGGAAAUCUGUCGCUGGAUAAGGUAAUCACAGAAUUUAUGUUUCGAGUUGAGGCAACCCCUACAUGUAUUAAACAUAUUCCUUUACAUGAGGAUGACCCUGCAAAGGGACUGACAUUUAAGAUGACAAAGGUGCAAUAUGAACUCUACUUUGGUAGGGGAAAGCAAAAGUUUACAUUUGAAUGCAUUAGGGACCCCCUUGACCUUGUCUAUCAAGGUCUUGAUCUUUACAUGCUGAAAGCUUACAUAAAUAAGGAGGAUUGUGCGACUGUGGAAAAAGUAAUUCAGAUGACAAGGAAAAAGUCCCAGUCAGCAUCGACAGAAAGGGCACUGACUGAAAAAACCAGCUCUCCUAGGAACACUACAGAAAGGCAUCAAGAUGAUGGAUUUUUGUUGUCAUCUAGUUGCUUCACAAUCCGUAGACAGCACCCGAAAGCUGAUCCUUCUAGGUUAUUGGAAUGGCGAGAAGCAGGUAAAGGAAAUCUUGAGAUGAGUUAUAUAAGAUCUGAGUUUGAACAUGGAAAUGAAAGUAAUGACCAUACCAGAUCUGACCCCAGUGAUGAUGAUGGAUAUAAUGUAGUUAUCGCUGACAAUUGUCAACGGAUAUGUGUCUAUGGUCUGAAGCUUCUGUGGACUAUUGAAAAUAGAGAUGCUGUUUGGUCUUGGGUAGGUGGGCUGUCCAAGGCUUUUGAGGCUCCAAAGCCUUCUCCUUCUCGCCAAUAUGCCCAAAGUAAAAUGCAUGAGGGGAAUAUUGCCAGUGAUGGACCUGACAUCCAGAAAAAUGAUAACCAAAAUUCUCCUUCUGUUGUUGAUGGUGCAAAUACGUCAUCCCAAAACAUGGAGGCUGCAACAUCUCUCGCCUCUCCUUCAAACUCAGAGGCAGUGGAAAAUCCCUUCUCCAGUGCCAUUGCAAAAUACAACUUUGAUGACUCUGAUGAGGAGGGCACACGCCAUUUCAUGGUGAAUGUCAUUGAGCCACAAUUCAAUCUUCACUCAGAAGAAGCUAAUGGUAGAUUCUUGCUCGCUGCUGUGAGUGGGCGUGUUUUAGCUCGAUCAUUCCACUCAGUUCUCCAGGUUGGACAUGAGAUGAUUGAACAAGCUCUCACUGAAGGAAAGAUCCAAGUUCCUGAAUCUCAGCCUGAACUGACAUGGAAUCGUAUGGAGUUCUCGGUGAUGUUGGAGGAAGUGCAAGCUCAUGUAGCCCCAACUGAUGUGGACCCAGGGGCUGGACUGCAAUGGCUCCCUAGAAUUCGUAGAAGCUCGCCAAAAGUAAAGCGUACUGGAGCUUUAUUGGAACGGGUAUUCAUGCCCUGUGAUAUGUACUUCCGUUACACUAGGCACAAAGGUGGAACUCCUGACUUGAAGGUCAAACCUUUGAAAGAGCUUACAUUCAAUUCUUGCAAUAUAACGGCUGCAAUGACGUCCAGACAAUUCCAAGUCAUGCUUGAUGUAUUGACAAAUCUUCUUUUUGCUCGACUUCCUAAGCCAAGAAAAAGUAGUCUAUCAUAUCCAACUGAUGAGGAAGAUGAUGUUGAAGAGGAGGCUGAUGAAGUGGUUCCUGAUGGUGUUGAAGAGGUGGAACUGGCAAAAGUUGACCUCGAACAUAAAGAGAGGAUGAAGAGGUUAAUCCUUGAUGAUAUAAGAGACUUGUCUCUGCAGGCUGAUAUAAUUGGAGAUCCACAUGCAGAAAUGGAAAUGGAACUCUGGAUGAUAACUUGUGCAAAAUCCACAUUGUUGCAAAGAUUGAAAAAGGAGCUAGGUAAUGCCCAAAAGUCCAGAAAGGCAGCAUCAGCUUCCCUUAGGACUGCUUUGCAAAAAGCCGCACAACUACGAUUAAUGGAAAAAGAGAAAAAUAAAAGUCCUUCUUAUGCUAUGCGUAUUUCUUUGAAAAUUACUAAGGUGGUCUGGAGUAUGCUUAUUGACGGGAAGUCAUUCGCUGAAGCUGAGAUAAAUGACCUGAUUUAUGAUUUUGACAGAGACUAUAAGGACGUUGGUGUUGUUAAGUUCACUACAAAGUACUUCGUAAUCAGAAACUGUCUUCCAAAUGCCAAGUCCGACAUGCUCUUGUGUGCAUGGAAUCCUCCUGCAGAAUGGGGAAAAAAAGUGAUGCUCCACGUAGAUGCAAAGCAAGGCUUUUCCAAGGAUGGAAACUCUCCUCUUGAAUUAUUCCAGGUGGAUAUAUACCCUUUGAAGAUACAUUUGACAGAGAGCAUGUACCGCUUGAUGUGGCAGUACCUCUUUCCCGAAGAAGAACAAGACUCCCAAAGGAGACAGGAAGUAUGGAAGGUUUCGACAACAGCAGGUGCAAGGCGUGUAAAGAAAGGCUCCAUAAUCCAUGAUGCAUCUCAAUCUAGCAGUUCUACAAAAGAGGUUGACACGUCCAAAUCAAAUUCAGCUGCAGCUAACCAGAUUGGCACUCAAGCUGAGUCCUCCCAAGCAUCAAAGUUGCAGAAUCUAAAACCAAACUCAGAGCUAAGGAGAAGCUCUUCCUUUGACAAAACAUGGGAGGAAAGUGUUGCUGAGUCAGUGGCUAAUGAACUUGUACUUCAAAUGCAUUCUUCUACAAAAGGGGGUUCCCUUUCUUGCAUUGAACAGCCAGAUGAAACCAGUAAAGGUAAGUUAAAAGAGACCAAACAAGUAAAACCUGGUCGGUCCUCUCAUGAUGAGAAAAAGGGUGCAAAAGCUCAAGAUGACAAAAAAUCUCAACCUCGAAAGUUGAGGGAGUUUCACAAUAUCAAGAUCAGUCAGGUUGAGCUGCUAGUUACCUAUGAAGGAUCAAGAUUCGCUGUGAGUGAGUUAAGGUUGCUGAUGGACACCUUUCACUGUGCUGAGUUCACUGGGACUUGGAGAAGGUUGUUCUCCCGUGUUAAGAAGCAUGUAAUAUGGGGUGUUUUGAAAUCUGUCACAGGGAUGCAGGGCAAGAAGUUCAAAGACAAAGCAAACACUAGCACCGCUGUUAUUGUUCCAGAGACUGAACUGAAUCUGAGUGACAGCGAUGGAGGUUCAGCUGAAAAAACUGAUCAGAACUCAAUGACCUGGCCAAAGCGUCCUACUGAUGGAGCAGGGGAGGGCUUUGUGAACUCCGUAAAGGGUCUUUUCAGUUCUAAGCGCCGUAAGGCAAAGGCUUUUGUUCUGAAGACAAUGAGGGGUGAAGCCGAGAAUGAAACCCAUGGUGAGUGGAGUGAAAGUGAAGCUGAUUUCUCACCAUUUUCCAGGCAGUUGACCAUAACAAAAACGAAAAGGCUUAUUAGGCGUCACACUAAAAAGUUUCGUCCUAAGAAAGGCUUAACAUUGCAGCAGACAGAUUCACUUCCUGAAUCUCCAAAUGAGAGCGAGCCCUUUGAAAUGUUUGAGAGUGACUCUUCAAGUGGAUCCUCAACGUAUGAGAAUUUUACACGAGGCGAGGAGUUUCAAGGAGUGUAGAAAGCACAUCAUACUUCUUAAAGUUGGAGAACCUGCUGCAUGGCAUAAUAUUGCUCUAUGAAUCGGGGAAUCUGAUGCAAAUAUAUAUAUGUGCACACAAAUUUCCCAGAAAUAUUUGAUUGGUUUCCCAGCCAUCCGGGAGUAAAGCGAGUUGAAGGAAGUGACGAUCUACCAACCAACUGUUGGUUGCAUUUUUACUAUUUAUAGGUAGAAAACCAACCCUGUAUAUUGGUAAGAGUUAUAUUCAGUGCUACUCUCAUUUCUUUCUUUUUUUUAUGAAAAAGAAGAAGAAACAGUAAUUUUUGGUGUUACUCCUUGUGAGGAAAGUUGAGGUUCACAGCCCCCAAUAAUUUUGUAGCAUAGCAAUAGGGCGAGAUGGGGUAUACAAAUCUUGCAUCUGUAUCAGCAUAUACAUAUUUAUAAUGUAUCCAUAUGUUGGAGUAAAACUGAGCACUUGUAUAUUUUUCUUAUUCCUAUGUUUUAUUACAAGCGAUUAAUAUUCAUUUUAUA